AUGAAUGCCCUUUUACGACUGACCUUUCUGUUUUUCAUUAGUUCUCCAGGUUGGGCAAAAGACAGACACUACUACAUAGGCAUUCAAGAAACACUUUGGAACUAUGCACCUUCUGGUAAAAAUAUGCUCAAUGGAAAGCCUUUUUCUGAAGACCAAGAGUUCCAAUCCCAAACUUAUCCACAAGGAGGUCAAGAUGGAAAGAAAUAUGUUUAUAAAAAGGCUUUGUAUUUUGAAUAUACUGAUAACACAUUUAAAACGAUCAUUGAAAAACCACCCUGGUUGGGAAAUUUAGGUCCAUUACUUAAGGCAGAGACUGGAGACUUCGUUUACGUACAUGCAAAAAAUAAUGCUUCAAGAGUCUAUAGUUUCCAUCCUCAUGGAUUCACCUACACUAAAGAAAAUGAAGGUGCUCUCUAUCCUGACAAUACUACGGGCCUGCAAAGAGAAGACGACCAUGUGAAGCCAGGGAAAGAGUAUAUUUACAAGUGGUUUGUAGAAGAACGUCAGGGGCCUGGCCCCAAUGACAGUAACUGUGUGACAAGGAUUUACCACUCCCAUGUAGACACUGUCAGAGAUAUUGCUUCGGGACUUAUUGGACCAGUUCUGACUUGUAAAAGAGGGACGCUGAAUGGAGACAUUGAAAAAAAUAUCGACAAGUCUUACUUUCUAUUGUUUUCUACAACCGAGGAAAGCAAUAGCUGGUACAGAAAGGAAAACAGUGGCAAAUUUAAUGAAUCUGGCAGCUCCGAGGACAAUGGUCAAAUACAUUCAAUAAAUGGAUAUGUGUAUGGAAACCUGCCCGGUCUCACCAUGUGUGCAGAAGACAGGGUCAAAUGGUAUUUCGCUGGCAUGGGUGAUACAGUUGAUCUUCACACCAUCUAUCUCCACGGACAAACUCUGAUAUCUCGGAAUCACAGAAUGGACACCAUUGAGGCCUUUCCCUCCUCAUUGAAAGAUGCCUUCAUGGUGGCCAAGAGCCCUGGAGAGUGGAUGCUGGGUUGCCAGAUAUACGAGAGCAUGCAGGCAUUUUUCAAAGUAAGGAAUUGCCAAAAACCUUCAACAGAUGUUGCUGGGACACGUGUUAUACAUUACUAUUUUGCUGCUGAAAAAAUUACUUGGGACUACGCUCCAUCUGGUAUAGAUUUUUUUACUGGAAAAAAUCUAACAGCAGCUAAAAGUGAAUCCCAGCUAUAUUUUGAACAAAGUCCAACCAGCAUUGGAGGAACUUACAAAAAACUAGUUUACCGUGAAUACACAGAUGCUUCCUUCCAAACACAGAAGGCAAGAGAAGAACACUUAGGAAUCCUGGGUCCUGUCAUUAGGGCGGAGGUGGGACAGAUCAUCAAGGUUACUUUCUACAACAAAGCUUCCGUGCCGCUCAGCAUUCAGCCUCAUGGACUGCGUUACAGCAAGUCCAACGAGGGCUCAUUCUACAAAACACCUGGAAGAAGCACCCCUCCACCUUCCUCACACGUAAAGCCUGGCUCCACAUUUGUCUACACAUGGGAAGUUCCAGAAGAUGUGGGUCCUACCUCCACGGAUCCCAACUGCUUGACCAGGUUCUACUACUCCUCAGUAAAUGGGAAAAGAGACACCAACAGUGGCCUUAUAGGGCCUCUUCUCGUGUGCAGAAAGGGAAGUCUUGGAGAGGAUGGCAAACAGAAAGGAAUAGACAAAGAGUUUUAUCUGCUUGCCACAAUAUUUAAUGAAAAUGAAAGUUAUCUCUUGGAUGAAAAUAUCAAAACCUUUACCAAAGAGCCUGAAAACGUGGAUAAAGAGGAUCCCAGCUUCCAAGACUCUAACAAGAUGAGCUCCAUAAAUGGAUACAUGUAUGGAAAUCUGCCAGGACUGGAUAUGUGCUUAGGAGACAAAGUUUCAUGGCAUGUUUUUAGUGUAGGAUCAGAGGAAGAUUUACAUGCGAUACAUUUUUCAGGAAAUACCUUCACUUCCUCAGGAUCAAGGAUGGACACUGUAUCUGUGAUUUCUCAUACUUUUGAUACUAUUUUUAUGGUACCUGAUUCUGUAGGAAAUUUUGAUGUGGUUUGUAUGACAACCGAUCAAUAUCUAAAAGGCAUGAAACAUAAAUACCGAGUGAGGCAGUGUUCAAAGAAGCCAAACCCUGAUCAAACAAAGUACCAAGAGGAGAAAAUUAUUUACAUCGCAGCUGUGGAAGUUGAAUGGGAUUAUUGUCCUAGCAGGAAGUGGAUGGAUGAACUGCACCACUUACAAAGAGAGAGACAAGAAAGCAUAUACGUGAAUAGAAAUGCACCAUUUCUUGGGUCUAAAUACAAGAAAGUUGUGUAUCGUCAAUAUGAUGAUAUCACAUUCACAAAUCAAACAGAAAGAAAUGAAGAUGAAAAACAUCUGGAUUUACUAGGGCCAUUAAUAAUGCUCAAGCCUGGUCAAAUACUCCAAGUCAUCUUUAAAAAUAAUGCUUCAAGACCAUAUUCUAUUCAUGCUCAUGGAAUGAAAACAAACUAUUCUACUGUUGUUCCAACUCAGCCAGGAGAUAUUCAAAGAUAUACCUGGCAGAUUCCUUAUAGAACUGGGCCUGCCUCACAGAACUUUGAGUGCAUACCUUGGUUUUACUAUUCGACUGUGGAUGUGGUUAAGGAUCUUAACAGUGGACUUGUAGGCCCUCUAGUCGUAUGUCUCGAAGGCACAAAACCCAGCAUAGUUCACCGUGUUCUUCACUUCAUGAAUUUUGAUGAGAACGAAUCCUGGUACUUUGAAGACAAUAUCAAAGCCCUUUCUCCAAACCUGACAGAACGAGAUAGGAAAAAUGCUACUUUUAUCCUUAGCAACCAAAUGCAUGGAAUUAAUGGAAGAAUAUUUGGAAACAACCAAGGUUUAAGAUUUUACAUCGGGGAUGAAGUAAAUUGGUAUGUGUGUGGCACGGGGAGUCGUUUUGACCUGCACACAGUUCACUUUCAUGGUCAUAGCUAUGAAUACAAGGACUCUGGCCGGUAUCGAUCUGACGUUUUUGACCUUCCUGUUGGGGUCUGUGGAACUGUGAAAAUGUAUCCAAGAGAUGCUGGAAUCUGGUUAUUUCAUUGCCAUGUUAGUGAUCACAUUACUGCUGGAAUGGAAAGCACUUACACUGUACUUGGAAAAAAAAGGCCACAAGCAGGGAUGAAACUGCUGAAGAAGGAAAAUUCCAGGGAUGGAAGAGUCUGGGAGGGGCCAGCCAAAGACUUUGAUGACAAUGGAUCAGGAAAACUAGCUUGAAAUAAA